GACUGUGGAGGUGUGGUUGCUGCUUUAUCAGAAAAAAUGGCGGACGCUCCAAGAGUUGCUAGACGUAUGGACUUGAAUCAAAACGUUACACAAAAUGUUGACCGUAAGGUUGGUGAGGGGACAAGUCUGUCGAUAGAGAGUAACGGGAGCUUGCGAAUGAGCAAUGCUGGAGGAUCCAUGGCAAUGUCCUUAGUUAACAGCAGUGUUGGAUCUAAUAAUUCACGCACUCUUAUUUUAAACUGCCAGGGCAAUCACGCGUUUGAUAACGCUUCUGUUGCUGCUAGCGUAAUCAGGGGAGGAGUUUCUAAUUGGUUGAGUGGUGAUGCCCUCGCUCAAGCAUUGACUGAUCCUCAGUUCCCCACGAUUGGACUUGGGAUUAACGAUGAGUGGACGAUUGACUUGGAGAAGCUUACCGUGGGAGAAUCGUUUGCUCAAGGAUCUUUUGGGAAAAUCGAUACGGGAACUUAUAACGGUGAAGAUGUUGCAAUCAAGCUUCUAGAGAGACCAGAACAUGAUCCUGAGAGGGCUGACUUUAUGGAGAAGCAAUUUCAGAAGGAGAUCACGAUGUUAGCAACUUUGAAGCAUCCAAAUAUAGUACGAUUUAUUGGUGCAUGCCGUAAAUCCAUGGUGUGGUGUAUUGUCACUGAAUAUGCUAGAGGGGGAUCAGUGCGUCAGUUCCUCUCGAGUCGGCAAAACCGAGCUGUGCCAUUGAAGUUAGCAGUUAAGCAGGCCUUGGAUGUGGCGAGGGGGAUGGAAUAUGUACAUAGCCAGCAUCUGAUUCACCGCGAUCUGAAAUCUGACAAUCUACUGAUUGCUGCUGACAAGUCGAUCAAAAUUGCAGAUUUCGGUGUUGCUCGCAUUGAAGUGCUGAAUGAAGAAAUGACACCAGAAACUGGAACUUACCGCUGGAUGGCUCCGGAGAUGAUACAGCAUCGACCAUACACCCAGAAAGUCGAUGUGUACAGUUUUGGCAUCGUUCUGUGGGAGCUCGUAACGGGGUUGCUUCCUUUCCAGAACAUGACUGCUGUGCAGGCGGCUUUUAAUGUUGUCAACAAAGGCCUCCGUCCAACAAUCCCCAGUGAUUGUUUGCCCGUCUUAUCGGAUAUCAUAACCUGCUGCUGGGAUGCUAACUCUGAUAAAAGGCCAACUUUCUCUGAGGUAGUCAAGAUGCUUGAAGCGGCUGAGACAGAAAUCUUGACUAAUAUUAGAAAGGCGUGCUUCAGGUGCUGCGUUCAUUCUACGGCUGCAACUUGAUUCAGAUAGCGGAAAGUAAAGGCAAACUGAUUUUGAGUUUGUCAUGCGUAUUUAUCUUCGCAAGGUCUUUUCCGAUAGAAACAACACUCUAGGAUUUACGACGUUGAUUAGUAGUUUAUACAGGAGAUCUGAUGUGCAUCUACGCAUGUCAGAUUAUGACUAUAUAUGCUGAAUUUUCUCAAAGUUAUACAAGGUUCUGAAUUAUAUGAAAUGCUCGUGUAUGCCCGCU